AUGUCAGCUCCCUCAAUGGCCCCUACACCUGCACCUGCGUCUCUGGCACCCGCAUUAGCCGCCAAGCCAGCCGUUUCGCCCUCUCCAGGUCCGGGCACUCCCGGGUCCAUCACCACCAAAGAAUGGGUAAUUCCACCCCGUCCGAAGCCAGGCAGGAAGCCUGCGACAGAUACGCCUCCGACAAAGCGAAAGGCGCAGAACAGAGCCGCUCAACGGGCUUUCAGAGAACGCAGAGCCGCCCGCGUGAACGAACUCGAGGACCAGAUCAAGAAAAUUGAAGAUGAGCAUGACAUCCACAUCGCUGCUUUCAAAGAGCAGAUCGGCAACCUGUCUUGCGAGGUCGAGCAGUGUCGCUCGGAGAUGACCUGGUGGCGCGACCGGUGUCAUACUCUGGAGAAGGAGGUGUCGGUGGAACGCAGCGCCAAAGAAGCUCUCGUGAAGGAAUUCCGGUUGUCGUUGUCGGACAAAAACGCUGCCAGCUCGGAUGCAGUACCCUUCCCACGGGCCACGUCCAGCCGUCCAGAAAAUGAUGGUGUGCCUGCGAACAAUGCCUCCCACGACGACGGCCAUCACUCGGACAACCGAGAGGAAGUGCCUCUGGGCUGCAAUGACUGCUCCACAAGCCACUGCCAGUGUAUUGAAGAUGCUUUUGCCAUGCCAGGCGUGCUAGCUCAAGAAGAGUCACGGCGACCCGGAAGUACGAAGCCGGGCCGCUUGGAGCCGGAGAUCAAGCCGGAUCCGGAGGAGAUGGAAAUUGAUUUUACCGCUCGAUUUGCCACGAUGAAGCCGCAAGACCACUCGCCAACGUCUGUCUCGUCCCCAGCCGUUGACCCCUGCGGGUUCUGUCAGGAUGGGACACCGUGUAUUUGUGCCGAGAUGGCCGCCCAGCAGGAGGAGAAUGAGAGGAGAAACACAUUUGAGAACAACCGACUCGCUCCCAUUCAGAACAUGUCUCAAUUCACACCGCCUCCCUCAGAUGGCGAUGUGCGCUCGGAGAUGACGCUACCGUCCCUCAGCCAGGCCACAAACCCUUGCGCCAACGGACCCGGAACGUGCGCACAGUGCCUGGCUGACCCUCGCAGCACCCUGUUCUGCAAAACUCUUGCCGCCUCCCGAUCGGCCAGUGGGACGCCUUCGGGAUGCUGCGGCGGUAAAGGCGCCGGCGGCGGUUGUUGUCAGUCGCGAAGCUCCAACCCUUCACGAAGCGGGUCCACUGGCAACGCCAACUCGAUACCGGGUCCCUCGACGACCCCGUCAUUGACGCUGUCCUGUGCCGAUGCCUUCACAACCCUAUCGCGGCACCCAAGCUUCACGCGGGCCACGGACGAUAUCUCCAACUGGCUACCGAAACUGCACACCUUGCCCAACCCCCGGGAUAUUCCCCUAUCGGACCGAGGAACCCCCCGGGCUGCCAUGGAAGUCGAGGCUGCGAGCGUGAUGGGCGUGUUGCGGUACUUUGAUCGGAGGUUCGCCGACAAAUGA